CAGCAGAUGGCAGGCUUUCACACGACGACGAGGGCUCGGCAAGCAGCACGCGUGAAUUUUUGGUUAACAUUGUUUGUAACAAAGUGAAUGACAAUGUCUCUUUCCAACGUGCGGCAGUUCGUCGGCACGUUAUGUCAACGUUACAUGUUCUCGUUACCGGCAAUAAACCUGUCUCGCACGCAAAAGAUUUUUAUUAUCUGCUUCACCAGUGGCUCAAUAUUACUGGGGGGACUGGCACAGUUUCUGAAGAGACGACGGAGACACCCGAUCGCACCCUCCAGAAGGCAUUACAGAGACUACAAAACUAGAUUAGGAAAUAUCAAGAAUGCCAACUUUGAUGUACUAUCGCAAGCAUCUUGGGCAAGGAGAAGCGAAGCCAGCACUAGAAGUCACAUUAGCGAUCGUGCGUCUCUCAUCUCCUCUGUGCCAGGUGGUCCAGAUGACAGUGAAAGACUUACUCCGCAACAAUAUGGUGUUCUUGGACUCGAGGCGCUGGAGAAGGCCCUUUACUGCUGGGAGGACGCGCUCACCGCGUUCAGUUCGACCCUCGGCAACGACACCCUGGCACUGCCGUCGAAAGCCGACGCGGCGUUCACCGGCGACGUGCAGCAGCUACUCGACAUGGGCUACGAGAUCCAGAGCCACGCGGAGCUGCUCUUCCUCGAUCAACGCUCCGUUUUAUUCCGCAACGACAGCGAGGACAGCCUCGACAAACCUUCGAACAUCGGGACGCGGAUAUCUGGCAUCAGGGAUAAAGCUGACGCCGCAUCCUCGCCCGAAUCGUUUGAAUCUGCACGUGACGGGGUUGCGGAUCUGCGCGAAUUCGAAGAAUUCUCAGAAUUGUUUCCACAUUUUGAGAGGCAAAAGCUUUAUCAUGCUGCUCUGAAACAGUAUGAGGAUAAAGGCAUUCCUUGCAGGAGACUACACACGGAACUCGUGAAGUGUGGAUCGGACGUGGAAUAUUUAGCGAAGGUGUACUGCCUGCGUCAAGCCUAUACAAAAUUAUUUAAUUUACCUACGGCGGCGGCGUAUAUAGUUGACGUGGGUCGUCAAGUCAUUAGCGAUUUAAUUAUGUACGCGGAUAGGGAUCCGAAGGACUACUUGAUGUAUUACGAGCGCAUGCUGGAGUUCCUGCAAGAGCCGCGCAAUCACAGCAUCAUGGAGGAGGAAUUGGCCGCCCGAGGUGUCAAGUGCAUGAACUUCUACGACGUGCUCAUUGAUUUCAUACUCUUAGACGCGUUCGAGGAUGUGGAGAAACCGCCGCAGACCGUCAGAGCUAUAGUUCAGAAUAGAUGGAUCUCCGCCAGUUUUCGGGAAACUGCGAUAGGAACGACGCUCUGGUCCUUCCUGCAGGGCAAAAGAAAGAUGCUGAAAUACGAGCAGGGCUUCUUGGCGCACUUCUAUUCCAUCUCCGAGCAAAUCUCGCCGAUGUUCAUUUGGGGAUUCCUGGGCUCCGAAGAGAGUCUACGUUCCACUUGUCUUUACUUUAGGGAACAAGUAAUCGAAUUUCUCGUAGAUAUAUUUAAUUUCUUCAAGGUACGGUACACCUCUGUCGACGACCUUGCCGUAGAUAUUCUCAGGGAAAUGAAGCUAAGAGUCGAUAAUAUAAAUCAAAGACUGUCAUUAGAGGAUUGCUAGCCAAAUAAAAUACGUUUAUAUGCAGCCAUCUUAAUGCGAUAUGUUGAGUGGUAUUGCAAAUUGGAUUGUAUAUAUCGCGUCCGACAUCUAUGUUGUACAAAAAAAAUGUUAUAUCAAUAUUAAUGAAAUUAAGCCAUAUCUGAUAAGUUGAGUGCAAACGAUGCAAUACAUCAUUGCAUAUUUUAAUUUUCAUCACCGCGCCCAUAAUAAGUAAUUAUUGCAGUAAACACAGUCUGUGAAAUUAUCUUGCGGAGCGAUACCGCGAAGAGAUACUAUGCGUUCUUCCGUUGCCGCUAAUUAGAAUCACGCAUACGUUGUCGUAACAUUUGAAUAUAUCAAAAUUACAUCAACCUUGAAUAAACGUUGAUAGAUUCUAAUGGCUAGUUCUACGAACAGAUGUAUAAAAGAGUUAAUGGAAACGUCUAAUAUAAAUUUAAUAUAAAAAUAAAAAAUCAAAUAAGCUGAAUCUUGUUUAUAUUAAAGUUUGGGAAAUUAAUCCAUUGUGCACAUACGAUUAUAAACACAAUGUUAUUUAUUCUGACAUAACGAAUAUAAUUCGUUAUCAAUCAUCACGCAAUACAAAUUUUGUAGACAUUCUAUAAACCAUUUUGCGAGAUAUGUAAAACAUUAUGACUGUUGCAAUUCUAUUUAUUAUUAAUGUAUAACAGUCUCAUUUUUUAUUUUAUUAUACAAAAGUUUCCUUUUUAAUUUCUUACUUCGCACAUAUUAUUGUAAAACAAUACCUCAGUAAAAUGAUAUCUUUUUGUAUUAUAAAGGAUUAUCAUGCAUGCUUAGUAAAAUCAGUUAGUCAUGAUUUAUGUGAUAAAACCUAGGAACAUUUAAAUGAAAUCAGUAUGUAAUAUAACAUCGUUCGUUAUACAAAUACAAUAAUAUACAUUUCCUUACAAUUAGUCGAAAAAAUACCGUUUCU